AAACAACGUCCCGUUAAGCCAUUAAAUGUUGCACCUAACUUCCUGCCUUUUUUCAUUAUACUCUUCUUAGCUCUAUGUCUUCAAGUUCUUCAAGAGACUUCCACAUUUUUGUCCUCUGGGCAGUUAAAGUUUUGUGGGAAAAUAAUUAAGAAAAAGGGCUGCCAUUUCUUCAAGAUUUGCUUCAAGAAAACAAUGGAAGGAGAAGGAAUUUUGAUGGGAAAAAAACAAUUUCAAGGCUCUGAAGAAACAGUCCAAGAAGAAGGUAUUAUGGGGGCUACAGUUGAAAAGCAGGAUCUGAUUUGCCAGCGAUCUCAAAAAACUGCACAAGAAGAAGGAAUUGCAGAUGAUGGAGUGAAAUGUGUUGAUGAAAGCACUGUAGAGGAGAAGAAGAAACUGGUACUUAUGAGAGCUACAGUCGAAAAGCAAGAUCUGACUUCAAAGGAUAUAGAUGAUUUAACAAUGAGAAGAUUUCUUCGUGCGCGAAAUCAAAAUGUAGAGAAAGCUUCGGCAAUGUUGUUGAAAUACCUCGAGUGGAGACGGGCAUUUGUACCUAAAGGUUUCAUUGCAGCUUCUGAGGUUCCAAAUGAAUUAGCACAAAACAAGAUGUUUAUGCAAGGGACGGAUAAAAAGGGAUGUCCCAUAGCUGUCGUGUUUGGUGCUAAGCAUUUUGCAACCGAAGGAGACGAAUUCAAGCGUUUUCUUGUCUUUGCUCUGGACAAACUGUGUGCAAGGAUGCCUGCUGGAGAAGAAAAAUUCACAAUUAUUGGGGAUCUCAAAGGAUACGGAUAUGCAAAUAGCGACAUCCGUGCAUACCUAGCAGCCAUUUCCAUCUUACAGGAUUACUACCCUGAAAGACUUGGAAAAGUGUUCGUCAUUCAUGCCCCUUACAUAUUUAUGACAGUGUGGAAGAUUCUUUACCCAUUUAUUGACCAAAAUACCAAGAAGAAGAUAGUAUUUGUGGGAAAUAAACAACUGCGGUCUACUCUACUUGAAGACAUCGAUGAAAGCCAGCUUCCAGAGAUAUAUGGAGGAAAACUGAAAUUAAUUCCCAUCCAAGAUUCUGAUUAGCUAAUUCUUUCUGGGAAAUAAUUUCAUUGAACAUCAAAUACUUUUAACCAGUUUGUUCGUUCUUAUACCUUCAAGACGAGAUUUGAAGCUUCUUAUAUAUAUUAUGCUUGUGUUUGGUAGA